AAGCCAGUGUUUAUUUUCUUUUUUGGCUGCCCGAAUUCCCUAUGAAGGCAAUUCUCUGAUGAUUCUCUCUUUCUUUUCCCGGCCUUUGCAUACAAAUGACGAAUUAUGAGAAUCUUAUAAAUUUGCCAUUAAAUUUUAAUGAGAACAAUGGCAAAAUUGCUGUUGGAGAUCAGCUAUUGAAUAAGAUGUCGCAGCGGGAUUUCUCCGAGAACGAACCGGAAUGUACACCGGAACUGCCAGCCGCAAAUCGUGCUCUCUUCCUGGAGAAGGUGCGACAAUCGAAUGCUGCCUGCCAAAGUGGCGACUUUGCCACUGCAGUUCUUCUAUAUACGGAUGCCUUGCAGCUGGAUCCUGGCAAUCAUAUAUUGUACAGUAAUCGUUCAGCAGCAUUACUCAAGCAGGGACAAUUCGCUGCAGCUUUGCAGGAUGCCACACAAGCCAGAGAUCUGUGUCCACAAUGGCCAAAAGCGUAUUUCCGCCAGGGCGUGGCCCUGCAGUGUUUGGGUCGUUAUGGCGAAGCGUUGGCAUCCUUUGCCUCGGGCUUGGCCCAGGAGCCGAGCCACAAGCAAUUGCUAGCUGGCCUGGUAGAAGCUUCACUAAAGAGUCCAUUGCGACCGGCCUUGGAGCCGACAUUGCAACAACUACGGACCAUGCAGUUGCAGGAGUCACCGUUUGUGGUCAGCUCUGUAGUUGGCCAGGAACUGUUGCAGGCCUCACAAUAUCAGGCGGCAGUGGCCGUGCUCGAGGCGGCCCUGAGAAUAGGCAGUUGUUCGCUGAAACUCCGUGGAUCGGUUUUCAGUGCCCUGAGUUCGGCCCACUGGGCUCUAAAUCAAUUGGAUCAGGCCAUUGGUUAUAUGCAGCAAGAUCUGGCGGUAGCCAAGUCACUGGGCGACACAGCGGGCGAGUGUCGAGCGCAUGGAAAUCUCGGAUCUGCCUACUUCAGUCAGGGGGCGUACAAGGAGGCGCUUACCGCACAUCGCUAUCAAUUGGUCUUGGCCAUGAAAUGCAAGGACACCCAGGCAGCGGCAUCGGCCCUGACAUCCCUCGGCCAUGUGUAUACGGCGAGUGGUGAUUAUCCCAAUGCCCUGGCCUCGCAUAAACAGUGUGUCCAACUGUUCAAGCAACUGGGCGAUCGUCUCCAGGAGGCCCGGGAGAUCGGCAAUGUGGGUGCUGUGUAUCUGGCGCUGGGCGAGUGUGAGGCGGCCCUGGACUGUCAUAGUCAGCACUUGCGAUUGGCCCGCAAGUUGCACGAUGAGGUGGAAGAGGCGCGAGCCUAUUCGAAUCUGGGUUCAGCCCAUCAUCAGCGUCGUCAAUUCAGUCAGGCGGCCGCCUGCCAUGAGCAAGUGCUGCGCAUUGCCCAGUCAUUGGGUGAUCGCAGCAUCGAGGCGCGGGCCUAUGCCGGACUGGGCCAUGCGGCACGGUGUGCCGGCGAUGCAAACGCUUCGAAGAGAUGGCAUGAACGGCAGCUCUCAAUGGCGUUGGCGGCGCGAGACAAACUAGGUGAGGGCAGGGCUUGCUCCAAUCUGGGCAUUGUCUAUCAGCUGCUGGGCGCCCACGAUGCCGCCUUGAAACUGCAUCAGGCCCACUUGAGCAUAGCUCGUUCGCUGGGCGAUCGAGCUGGCAUGGGCAGGGCAUAUGGCAAUAUGGCUCGCAUGGCUCACAUGGCUGGUAACUAUGAGGCGGCGGUUAAGUAUCACAAACAGGAGCUGUCCAUCAAUCAGGCCCUGCACGAUCGCAGUGCGGAAGCGGCCACCCAUGGCAAUUUGGCGGUGGCAUAUCAGGCUCUUGGUGCCCAUGAUGCUGCCCUGGCCCACUAUAGGGCACAUUUGGCGGCCGCCCGAUCGUUGAAGGAUACGGCCGGCGAGGCUUGCGCUUUGCUUAACUUGGGCAACUGCCUCAGUGGACGUCAGGAGUACGAGGAGGCUGUGCCUCACUAUGAAAGCUACUUGAUGCUGGCCCAGGAACUGGGCGAUGUGGCAGCCGAGGGCAAAGCCUGCCAUCUGCUGGGCUAUGCACACUUUUGCCUGGGCAACUAUCGGGCUGCAGUGAGAUACUAUGAUCAGGAUUUGGCAUUGGCCAAGGAUGCCCAGCAUCGGCCGCAUAUGGGAAGAGCGUACUGCAAUCUGGGCUUGGCCCACCUUGCCCUAGGUCACACGGCAGCCGCUUUGGAGUGCCAACAGCUAUUUCUGGCAGUUGCCCAUGCCACCAAUCAAUUGCCUGCCAAGUUUCGUGCACUUGGCAAUAUUGGGGACAUCCUAAUCCGGACAGGAGCUCAUGAGGAGGCCAUCAAGUUGUAUCAACGUCAACUGGCACUGGCGAGGGCAGCGGGAGAUCGUUCCAUGGAGGCGGCUGCUUGUGGAGCUCUUGGCCUGGCGCAUCGCCUGCUACGUCGCUGGGACAAGGCAUUGGGUCAUCACACGCAGGAGUUGACUCUACGCCAAGAGCUGGGCGACCUCUCUGGCGAGUGCCGGGCCCAUGGCCAUUUGGGAGCUGUCCAUAUGGCGCUCUGCAGUUGGACCAAUGCCGUCAAGUGCUAUCAGGAGCAAUUGGAGCGGGCACAAGAGCAACGCGAUGCGGCUGUCGAGGCCCAGGCCCAUGGCAAUCUGGGCAUAGCUCGUCUUAAUAUGGCCCACUAUGAGGCAGCCAUUGGUUGCCUGGAAGCACAGCUUGGCACACUGGAGCGCGUGUCGCUGCCCUCCACUCAGGCGGAUCGAGCCAGAGCUCUGGGUCAUUUGGGCGAUUGCUAUGCUGCUUUGGGUGACUAUGAGGAAGCCCUCAAAUGCCACGAUCGGCAAUUGCAACUUGCGUUGGGUCUUUCAAGCCAUCGGGAUCAGGAACGCGCCUAUCGCGGAUUGGGUCAGGCGAGGAGGGCUCUCGGCCAGCUGCCCGCUGCCUUAGUUUGCCUAGAGAAGCGUCUGGUGGUGGCCCAAUUAGAUCUGCAUAGUGCAGAGAUCAAGGCAUUGGCCUACGGUGACUUGGGCCAUGUGCACGCUGCCUUGGGCAAUCAUACCCAGGCAUUGAACUGCCUGGAACAUCAACGGGAACUGGCCCAGGGUCUGCAGGAUCGAGUUUUAGAAUCGGAUGCAAUCAGUGCCUUGGGCCAGGUGAAGCAACGUAUGGGCGAGCAUGUCGAGGCUUUGAAGUUGCACCAACAGGAUCUUCAACUAUGCACCGAGCUGAGUUCCCCGGACUUGCAGGCGCGUGCUCUUAGCAAUCUGGGGGCAGUACACGAAUCACUUGGCCAGCAGGCGGAGGCUCUGAAGCGCUAUGAAAGACAAUUGAGUCGACAACGGAACACACCAACGAUCACAGCCAGUUCGGAUGGAGAUGGAUCCCAGUUUCUUGGACAUCAGGCGGAGGCUUUAAAAUGCUACGAAAGGCAAUUGGAAUUGAGCUCGGAUAGAUUGGGCAAGGCGUUGGCAUGCUUGGCCUUGGGUAGAGUACAUCAUCAACUGGAACAGCAUUCAAGGGCUGUGGAUUAUUUAAGGCAAGGAUUGGCCAGUGCCCAGUCCAUUGGCAAGUCAGAGGAAGAGGCAAAAAUAAGACAUCAACUGGGUCUUGCUCUACGCUCCUCUGGCGAUGCUGAGGACGCUCGCCUCCAAUUGGAAACUGCAGCCCAACUGCUGGAAUCUGUGCGCCACGAACAACGCAGUCCGGAAACACGAUUGGCCCUCUAUGAUCUGCAGACGAGUUGCUAUCAUUUGCUACAGCAGCUUCUGGUUACCCUUCAGCGCACGGAAGAUGCUUUGGUGGCUGCAGAACGAUGCAAGGCACGCGGCGGUGCCGAUGAGAUUAACAAGACGCCUCUGGUGGAUAGCGAUGCCAUCCAGGAAGCUGUUAACCGUGGACGAAUGCCAGUGCUAUACUACAGUUUGGCUGGUGAGCAGCUUUAUGCCUGGUUACUCCAGCCACAGGCGGGAAUUGUGCGUUUCCAUGCGGCACGAAUCGAUGCCCAGACCCUUCAGCUGCCCUUGUCGCUUAGCGAGGAAGAGGAAGAAGAGGAGGAGGAUGAGGUGACAGCCGAGUUGGCCGAGCGGGAGCAACAACAGGCAGCUGGCCUGCUAGAACGCUACGUAAACAUGGUUCGGGACAAUUUGGGUGUCAAUUCGCAGACUCUGUUGCACGAAGGCGAUGGCAGUGGAUGGAGAGCCAGCACAGAGCAACUGCUAGAGGAUUUGCCCGGAGCCGGGGGCGGUUUUAUGCGUAUGGUUAGCCGCAAUCAAUUGCUGAAUUCAUCAAACUACUCGCUCAGUUCGUUGUUCUCAUUGGGAUCAGUUGGUGGCUCGGUGGCCAGUCUGCAAGGUUCCACCCGCUCGGUGGGUAGUCGCAGUUCACGUCGUGCUCCUGCACCGCCAGUCUGGCGAGGCCCUUCAUGCCUUCAUACCCUGUACAAUCUACUAUUGGCUCCGUUUGACGACCUGCUGCCCUCCAGCGGUGGUAUUACCGCCUCUCGUCAGGGGCGGCGUGAGCUAAUCUUGGUUCUGGACAGUUCCCUGUAUCUAGUUCCCUUUGCCAUUCUGCGGGCCGCCCGUGAAGACGGCGAAUAUCUGUCCGAACGCUGUGCCAUCCUCACGGCACCAUCGCUGCAGGCUCUCCGCUGUCGGCCCAAGGGCAAACGCGAUCGAGGACGUCCUCCGACAGCUUUGGUUGUUGGCGGGCCGCGUGUUCCUCGUCUAUUGGCCGAACGUUGGGGUUGGGCAGGCGCCGAAUCUCCGGCAGCCUUACAAGAGGCCGCCAUGGUGGCGGAUAUGCUGCAAGCAACAGCUUUGGCCGGCUCCAAUGCCACCAAGGAGUCGGUUUUGGCUGAGCUACCAUCCGCGGAGUGUGUUCACUUUGCUGCCAAUCUAAGCUGGCAACUGGGCGCCGUUGUGCUCAGUCCGGGAGAUGUGGUAACCGCUGAACAGCAACAGCAAAAGGAACCCCAUGAACCUCAGUUGUCGGACUUUACGCUGGCCCCCGGAGAACUGCGCCAGUUGCGACUAAGCGCACGUCUGGUGGUCCUAAGCUCAUACCAUUCGGUGGAGCCCAUAUCGGGCGCUGGAGUGGCCCAAUUGGCUAGCGGUUGGCUUAUGGCUGGAGCUGGCGCCGUUUUGAUCUCAUUGUGGCCAGUCCCGGAGACGGCAGCCAAGAUUCUGCUGCGUGCCUUCUACUCGGCCCUCCUCCAGGGAGCGCGAGCUGCUCGUGCUCUGGCGGAGGCCAUGCAGACAGUUCAGCACACAAAGCACUUUGCUCAUCCGGCCAACUGGGCGGGUUUCCUGCUAGUCGGCAGCAAUGUGCGUCUCUCCAACAAAGUGGCCCUGGGUCAUGCUCUAUGUGAGCUGUUACGUUCACCGGAACGCUGCCGGGAUGCGCUGCGUGUGUGUCUGCACUUGGUGGAGAAGAGUCUGCAGAGGAUUCACAGGGGUCAGAAGAAUGCCAUGUAUACAACACAGCAGAGUAUUGAGAAUAAGGCGGGGCCAGUGGCUGGUUGGAAGGACUUGUUGAUGGCUGUUGGUUUUCGAUUCGAACCCGCAGCCAAUGGCAUCCCAUCGAGCGUGUUCUUCCCCCAGGCAGAUCCCGAGGAUCGGCUAUCACAGUGCUCGGCUAGUUUGCAGGCAAUGCUGGCCCUGACUCCAGCCACCCUGCAGGCACUGGCCAAGUUGGUCCAUGUGAACAGUGUGGAAUAUGCGGACGAUAUCAUUGCUGUGAUGAGGAAUAUAUUGGCCCAGUUCCCCAGCAUUAGCUCCAGCUCCAGUUCGAUCAAAUCCGAGGCGGACACUUGCUGCAUUGAGAUGCCAUUGAGUGUGCAUCUUUGGCGUGUGGCUGGCUGUCAUGAGCUGCUUGCCUCAGUGGGUUUCGAUCUGACCGAGGUGGGAUCAGAUCAGGUUAUCCUGCGCACAGGCAAACAGGCAAAUCGUCGCCAAUGUCAAUUUGUAUUGCAAGCCCUGCUGGCCUUGUUCGAUACUCGAGAAGCGCCCAAGAGUCUGGGAUUGGGCAUGGAGCUGGACUCGGCCCAUAGCAGUAGCUGCGAAUCGCUUGCAGAGGCAGAAAUGGAUCCGGUGCCAGUUCAACCGACAGCCACCAGCACUCCUUCGGUCAAUCAAGCUCCGUUGCCAUUGCAUCCGCGAAGUGCUUUCAUCUCCUAUGUGAGACGUCGCGGCGAACCCGAUGGCGGACGCACUGAGGUAGGCGGCGGUGGAGGCGGGCUAGAUUCCAGCUUGGCCAAUACCACCGACAGCGAGCAAUCUUUGUCCGAUGGCUAUGCCACUCAGCCGGGCAGCGGAAUGUCUAAUCCUCGUCUUGGUUAUGCCAGUAUGCGUGCUCCGGUGAGAGUUUCGCGACCCGGAGGUGGUGGUGAGAGUGAUGCCGCCUUCACCCCGAGUCCUCCAGUAACCGACCCCAGCCUGACCUUGGCCCUAGCUCAUCAGACGCGGAUACGAAGCCUUUAUGCGCAUUCCACUUCGGCGCCAGUUUCGUCAGCCGUGGCGAGUGGAAAACGACCGGACAGUUCGAGUUCGGCCAGCAGUACCACUGAUUGGGAGGGAUCCGGACAUGCUACAGUAUUGCGCCGUGGAGCUGGUCUAUCCAUGCCGCAGCAGCAACCGCCAUUGCCGCCGCCACGUCCGCCAGUCUAUCAUAAUUUAGGCGUGGGAGUGGGUGGUCGCAGUAAGCCCAAAAUCAAACUUGGAAGCGCCCAAAGUUCCUUGGCGGCGCGUGUUAAUAAGGAGCAUGCCCUGUUCAUGGAUCGUCUGAGUGUGCGAACCGAGUUGAGUGCACCAGGCUCUAACAAUGGCGGAGCUGUUGCGGCUGGAAAUGCUAUCAGAAAGCCUCUGGCCCUGCCGGAAGAAGAGGAGGUUACCAACGUGUCCUUCAAUCCAUCUAGUCUUUACUUCUCGCAAACGGAUAGCGAACUCCUCAACGAACCCAAACAGCAGCAACAGCCAGAGGAGAGCCCGACCCCGACCAAGACUAGCACCAAGUGCCUGCAGGACAGCCUUAUGCGGCACAUGAACCGUGAGCUUACGCCCAGCAUCUCGGAGCUGUAUCAUGAACGCAAUCUGGGCUUGGGUCUCGCUCCGCCGCUGUCCAAGCUUCUGCUUAGUCCCAACUAUGAGGAUCAGGAAGUAGUCGAGAGUGGCCCACAAACGGCUGCUGGACUUAAGUCUCUGGCAGACGCUGUCAGCGAAUUGGAGCUAAGCGGCAGCUCCUCAGGGGCUACCAUGCCCACCGUCGUUGUGGGCGGCGGUUCAGUCGGCAAUGGCAAUGUGCAAAUCGAAAGCGAUUCCCCUGCCCCAUCUGCAGUGGCCCCCACUUGCUCCAUAUGCGGCGAACACGCCGAUGUCAUCUGCCGCUGCAAGGCGGCCACCAUCCAAAAGAAGAGCAGUCUCAAGCCGUGGCUAAGCAACAUACCAGCUAGCAGUUUUGUGCAGGCCAGUGAGCUGACCACGGCAGAUAUUCUGGAGCGACGUCUGGAGAAUCAAACGGCUGCAACCAAUAAUAAUGGGGCGCCACCCUCAUUUACCGCCGAACUGUGUCGCCGCGAUGAGGGCGACGGUCGUUCUGUUGCGGAUUCGCAAUGCAGCAGCAAUUACAAACGGGUACUGGCGAGUGCAUCGGGUGGAGCCAUCAGUCUGGUGGGCAUCACCAAUGGUGUAGGUGAUCUGGAGACACAAAAGACAUCCUCCACGGCAGCCACAUGCUCAGCCGCUCGUCUUGUCUAGCCUUUAGCCUCUAUUGAUAUUGUUAUUUAUUUAUCCAAGCCCAACUUUUACUCUUAUCUACUCCAAAUAGGAUCGUUUAUCUUUAUAGCAAAGCCACUGAUUAUGUAAAACUCACUUGUAUUUAUAAUCUAUAAAUAUAAGAUAAAAUAUAUAGAUGUAAGAAAUU